AUGGCAGAUGAUGCCAAAAGAACUAUAGCGAUGACUUCUUUAGGAGGUUAUUCGACAUCAAGGCAGGAACAGUAUAAUCAAUAUCUUCAUAAGCUGCGACAAGAUUUUAUUGAUACUUGGAACGAAAAACCUCAGACCAAUGCAAAAUUAUGUGACUUUGAGAAGCAGAAAGUAUUGGGGACCGGAGCAUUUGGCGUCGUGUACUUAUCCAGACAUGUACAUACUGGUAGAUACUACGCUAUGAAAAUGUUGGAAAAGGAAAAAAUUGUGAAGUUAAAGCAAAUUGAACAUAGCUACUAUGAGAAGAAAAUUCUAUGCGGCCUUAAUUUUCCUUUCUGUGUCUAUAUGAAGUACUUUUUCAAAGAUAAUGUCUACCUUUACUACGUUCUACCAUUCGUGGCUGGAGGUGAAAUGUUCUCUCAUUUACGAAAAUUGGGAAGGUUUGAAGAGAGGUCAUCAAAAUUUUAUGGUGCUCAAGUAGUUUUAGCUCUCGAAUAUUUACACGCAUGUGAAUUAGUUUAUCGAGAUCUUAAGCCAGAAAACAUACUUAUAGAGAGAACCGGUUACAUCAAAAUAACUGAUUUCGGUUUUUGUAAGCUGAUACGUGGAAGAACUUGGACUUUAUGCGGUACUCCUGAAUAUCUAGCACCGGAAAUUAUUCUGAGCAAAGGAUACGGCAUGUCUGUCGAUUGGUGGUCGCUUGGCAUCCUCUUGUUCGAAAUGAGUGCUGGACAUCCACCAUUUUACGCUUCCGAUCCUAUGAGAAUUUAUGAAAAAAUUGUUGCUGGCAAAUAUCGAUGUCCGAAUCACUUUUCUCAGGAACUUAGAGAUUUGAUCUCGCGCGUUCUUCAAGUCGACAUUACCAGACGUCUCGGAAAUCUUAAGAACGGAGUUUUAGAUUUUAAGAAUCACAAAUGGUUUGCGGAAAUCGAUUGGGAUGGCCUCUUGAAUAGUCGAAUACCAGCUCCUUUUAUUCCCAAAGUGCGAUCUCCUGGCGAUACCACUUAUUUUGAUAGCUUCGAAGAUGAAUUGACGAAGGAGAGCCCUAUAUGUUUGUUCGAAGAUGACUUUGCUGACUUUUAG